AUGGCGAUCGAGGCUACAAGGGAGUCCGUAGCCCUGCGGCUGCGGCGCCUCCAGAGCGUCGUGCGAGAGCUCGACCUGGAUGCGCUUCUGUUGGUCCCCGGCGUGGACGGGUGCGACAACGCGGGAUCGCACCAAGCCAUCGCCUACCUCUUCCAGGGUGCGAGCGGCCGGGAGGUGCUCGACGCCACGAGCGUCCCCGCCGCCUUCGAGGACAUGUUUGUUCUCGUCCGUCCUUCCGGCCUGGACCUCUACUGCACCUCGGCGGCCCACGGGCGCCUCUGGCCGCUCCUCGCGGGCCUCGACGCCUCCCUCGUCGUACACUGCCCGACCGCCGAGGAGGAGGACGACCCCGACGCCCUCGAGAUCGCGAAGGUCGGGGCGCUGGUGCACGCGCUGCGCGGGAUGCGGCGCCUGGGCCUCACGCUCACGCCCGUGCCGCAGCAGCGCCCGGACGGCUCGACGGCGCUCGGGCCCGGCUCGCCGAUGGAGGCGGAGAAGUGGCCGCUCGUCGCGGCGUACGGCCUGGACGGUGUGGGCCGGCCCGGGUUCCUGACGAUGCUGUUUGACGUGGUGGACGUGUCGGGGGCGUUGUGGGAGGAGUACUGCCGGAUGGACGCGCACGCGGUGCGCGCGUUCGUCGAGGAGCGCGCCGCGGCGCUGGACCGGUGCUGGGCGGGCAUGUGCGGUGCGCUCGCGGGGUGUGCGCCGUCGCAGCGCGGAGCCCUCACGGAGGCGGACGUGGCGGAGCCGCUGGCGAGCUACUUCCAGUUCGGGGUGCUGCGGCUGCCCGCGGGUGUCCGGCGCAGCGUGACGAUGGCCCCGAAGGUGCUGUUCGGGCCGCGGGCCGCGGACCCCAAGGCCAAGUCCUCUGGGGAGGUCACCGUCGCGUCGCAGGGCACGGCGGACGGGGGGCCGUGCACGCACUUCGUCGCGGAGGCCGCGGACCCGCACUCCGCGCUCCGGGUCGCGCGGACGUACCUUCUGAGCCAGCCGUACCCCGGCGACGGCGUGCGGGGCUGCCGGCACGCGGCGUGCGUGGACGCGGCGUGCGAGGCGGCGUGGGCGCUGGACGACCCCACGAUGGACUUUGAGGAGGCGCAGUGGGCGCAGAGGGUCGCGCCAAGCCUGGGCGGCGCCGCAGCGAGGGCGUCGCGCGUCGCGGCGCUGUACGCCGGCGUCGUUGCCGGCGCACAGGCGGCCCUGGCGGCGUACGCACGCACCGCGCAGGACGGCGGGGACGGUCCGGACGCGGGGAAACAAGCCGCACGGGCGGCGCGCGACGCGGCGGCCGCCGCUGCCGUCGCGCGGGCGCAGGACCUCGGCGUUCCGGCGGACGUGGCACGCAACGCGGCAGCGGGGCUCCGGAUCGCGCUGUGGGCGUCCGACCACGCGAACCGCGUCGAGGUCGCGCCGGCGUGCGCGGCCGACGGCCGCAUGCGCGUGCUGCGCGUGGAGACGCGCGUCCCUGCGGCCGACAUCGGCCCCGGAAGCGCAGACGUGGCGCUCGUGUACGGCGACACCUUCCUGCUGGUCGCGGACCCGGACGCGGCCGGGGCGUGCGUCGUGCUGAACGUCACAGAGCAGAUCCCGCCCCUCGCGGCCUGGGACGUGCACCCGUGGGCGGCACGCGCCGAGGAGAAGCUGCGCAGUGUCGUAGAGAAGAGGACGGCGCGGGACCGCCCGAGCGCGCACCGCCAGGGCAGCGCGCGCGGGCCGCGGGCGCGGGACAGCGAGGACAGCGGGGAGGAGGGGUCCGAGGCGGCUCCGCACGCGGACGGCGCGCUGGCGGCCUUCGGGGAGCCUGCGUUCAACUACGGCGAGCCCUGCGUGUUGCUGUUCGACGCGCGCGAGGUUCCGGCAGUGCCCGGGCGGCUGCACUGCUACCGCGAGGGCCUGCUGUUCGAGCCCGAGCGGACGGUGUCCUCGGCGCCGAUGGUGCUCCCGCUGCACCCCUCGGCGGUGGAGGCGGUGCACGUGGACUGGGGCAGCGCCGAGGACGACGACGCGGCGUUCGCGGUCGGCCCGACGGUGACGCUUCGCACGACGGACCCGCGCGGGUGCGGGCUGCCGAUUGUGGACGCGGUCGCCGCCGGCCGCACCGUAAAGAUAGCGCUGGGCGCGAUGAGCAGUUACGCGAGGAAGCGCAUGCGGCACGACGUGGUGCCGGACUGGGACAUCCGCUGCGGCGGACAGGGCAUUCCGUUCCUGCAGUCCACGGCGCCGGCGGAGGACGGGCAGGGCGUGGAGGCGGGCAGUGGGACGCUUGCGCGCCUGCACGCUGCUGCGGUGCGCGGGGCGGACGCCGGGCAGCACGGUCCGGCGGUGUCGCACGAGCGCCUCGCGGAGCUCCUGCGGCACAUGGACGCGCUCGAGCUCGCCGAGCCUGACUCGGGACCAGAGUCCCCCCCCUUGCAGCCGCUGGUCGACCUCGUCAUUGGCGCGCCGGGCUGCCGGGCCGCGGACGUCGCGGACACCGUCGUGCGGAUGACCCGCACGAGCGCCGCGUGGACGCAGGCGUCGCGCGACCUGCUCGCCGCCGAGGACACAGCCGCCGACUCCUCCCCGCUCGAAACGCUGCCGCGGCACUUCCUGCUCUCGCGCGUCGUGCCCGCGGUGCGCGCCGCAGUCCAGCGCAACGACGCCGUCAGCGAGGCCGACGGUCCGCCGCCGUCCCACGUGCUGGUGUCUGCAGUGGGCUCUGACAGCAUGGAGGUGACUCUGGCCGCACUGCGCGAGGCUCUCACGGGCGUGCAGUGGCAGCUCGGGACCGUCACAGUCUGUCUGCGCGCCGACGACGCCGUCGAGUGCCCCCCGCGCCGGCAGCCGUCGCCCGCGGCGGUGGCGCUGCUUCGGCCGGGCCUUGUCGAUCACGUCGUGGUGCUCGGGGCCGGGAGCAGCGGCGCCCCGGGGCGCGCUGGCGACGCGGCGAUCGCGCUCGCGACGGAGCUCGUCCCGGGCGCGUCCGUCGUUCGCGGCGGCGCGUCGCUGGCGGCGGGCGCGGCACGCCUGCUGCGCCGCACGCGGCCAGGGCCGCCGGAGCGAGCCCUCGCGCUCGCUGACGCCGCGGUUGCGGGAGGGGUCGUUCGCACGGCGCCGCGCGGGGCGUGCCGGGGCGUCGUUGGCGACUGGGUCGCCCACAGGGUGAGGUUUGACGGCUCGAUCGACCUGCGCAACGCAGAGGCCGCCCUGCGUCGCGCUGCAGCCCUUGCGCGCGCGGACGCGACCGCGGCGCCGCCGCUGACGGAGUUGGACGAGGGCGGAUGCGCGCGGGAGCGCCUGGCCGGCAUCUGCGGCACGUUCGUCGUCCCCGCGUGGCCGGACGCGGGCGACAUGGACGCGGGCCGGUCCGAGGGCACCGCCAGCGCGGGGACGUCGGACGCACCGCUGCUGCGCGCGGACACGGGCGUGGACAUCGGUUCCGGCCCCGUGACGGUCUCCGCGACGGUCGGCGCCAACCUCGGCGCGUACUUGGUCGCGACGGGCGCGGCGCCAACGAGCGCGUGCGGCGGAGAGCUUGUCAUGUGGGGGCAGGGGCUGCGGCGGUCGACGUGCGAGCGGAUCGUGACGCAGAUGGCGCCGCCCCCGCCGGAGCGGCUGCCCGACCGCCUCGCAGGGGGCUUCGCGGCCGGUGCGGCGUCGCUCACCGCCGACGAGCGCGCGAUGCUCGCUGUGGAGGCGCGCGACGAGCCGCUGCCGGCGGGCUGGUGCUUCGACGGGAGCAACUACCGCGACGAGUUCGGGGACGUCGCUGCGGAGCACCCGCUGAUGGAGGACAUCACGCGGCGGUACCUGGAGCGGGAGGCGGCGCGGCGGCGGCAGCGGAACGCGGAGGAGGAGCACCGCGCGGCGGAGGUGGUGCCGAUCCGCUUCUGCUGA